AUGUCUCUCUAUCAUGAGGCAGCAGAAAUUCUGUCCUCGUCAUCAAAUUCAAGCGGAAGCCUAAAGUCGCGAGUGUUUGGCAAAAAGAAUGGCAAGGCGCCGCCGGGUCAACUAUAUGCUCUCGUGCUGGAGAGUGCAAAAUGGAGUCCAGUGUUGAAGGAGGUCAUUGAAAAGACUGAGCUUUUAAAGCUGGAGAGAAAGCUUACGCCUACAUUGGCUUUGUUGCUGGUGCAUGAUUUAUUACUGGCCAAGAAAGGAAUUGCACUUCCGCAGAGCCAUGGACUGAGAGCGUCAAUUGAGCGUCACAAGGGACGGCUGAGUUCAGAACUAACGCUGGCGAGACUCAGAAGAAAGGCCCCGACAAUGGAAGUCUUGAGAGAACAGGUUGAAAGAGCAGCUGCGGGUGAAGAGGCCAACUACCCCAGAUGGGUACGUGUUAACGCCCUCAAGAGCAGCGUGGAAGAGCAAUUGGAGACGACCUUUUCAAAACACGCUAGGGCCGAGAGCAUUCAAGAUAUUGUUACCAAGUCUGGCAGGCAUAUUUACAUUGAUCCUCAUGUGCCGAAUCUGCUUGCUAUUUCUCCGGGGAUGGAAUUUGCCAAGGUGGAAGCCUACACAUCGGGAAAGAUAAUUCUACAAGACAAGGCGUCAUGCUUCCCGGCGUAUCUGUUAGAUCCGCGGUCUGAGGAUGGAGAUGUCAUUGAUGCUUGUUCAGCACCGGGAAACAAGACUACACAUCUUGCUGCCAUUCUUCAUGAUCAUCGCCCAGAGUUUGAAGAUGUGCCGCAGACAAUUUACGCGUUUGAGAAAGACUCCAGGAGAGCCCAGACGCUAGAGAAGAUGGUCAAGAUUGCAGGAUCGAAAGAUAUUACGCGCAUAGGGUUCGGGCAGGACUUUCUACAAGUCGAUCCCAUGGCUGAAAAUUAUAAGGAUGUGGGAGCUCUGCUGCUGGAUCCGAGCUGUUCAGGGAGUGGUAUCGUAGGUCGAGAUUCGAUGCCCGAGUUACAUCUCCCCGACCCGCCGGCGGAUAACCGUGGCGGAAAGGGGAAGCCGAGCACCGCCAAUGCGAAUAAGAAGAAGAGAAGCCACGAUGAAGUUGAAGACCGUGCGCAGAACGUGUUGGUAGACGACGAUGGAAACGAGACGGUGGUGAAGUCGGAAAAGGAUCUGGAAGCUCGACUUGAGGCGCUCUCUGCAUUUCAACUGACACUCCUGCAACAUGCAUUUCGCUUUCCUCGAGCUAAAAAGAUUACUUACUCGACAUGCUCAGUCCACUCUCAAGAGAAUGAAAGAGUUGUCAUUCGAGCCCUGGCAUCAGACAUUGCAAAGACCAAAGGAUGGCGUAUCCUACGGAGAGAAGAUCAGGUAAGCGGAAUGAGGGAUUGGCCUGUCCGGGGAUUAGUCGAGGCCGCGGAGGGUGACGAGAUAGUCGCCGAUGCAUGCAUACGCUCUUAUAAGGGGGAUGGCAGAGGGGUGAUGGGUUUCUUUGUUGCUGGGUUCGUACGGGAUUCGAUUGACGGCAACGAUGCAUUAGGGGCUUCUAUUGAUACCGACGGGGAUAAUGAAGGGGAGGGCCCAUAUCUCCGCGGCGAUGAUGGGCGGAUUUUACGGGAUGUUGUUGGGAUGCCGGUGCUGAAGUCCACGGGGGUGGCUGUUUCGCUCCGUGGAGUGGAUGAAGGAAAAGAAGAUGAAGAUGAAGAUGAAGAUGAGAUGGAGGAGGACGAGGAUGCAUCGUCGGAUUCUGGAACAGGCAGUGAAGACGAAUGGGGAGGCAUCAGCGAUGCGUAA